GUUUUUAUCUGGGGAUUACCACUGCUAAAUGGCUAAUCGCACAGUCAAAGAUGCUCAUACAGUUCAUGGAACUAAUCCUCAAUAUCUUGUUGAAAAAAUUGUGCGCAGUCGAAUUUACGAGUCAAAGUUUUGGAAAGAACAUUGUUUCGCUCUUACAGCCGAGUUGCUUGUCGAUAAGGCUGUAGAACUGCGUUAUGUUGGUGGGGUGUAUAGUGGGAGUGUUAAGCCGACUCCAUUUUUGUGUCUUACACUGAAGAUGCUUCAGAUUCAACCGGAUAAAGAUAUCGUUAUUGAAUUUAUCAAACAAGAACCAUACAAAUAUGCUCGAGCUUUAGGAGCAUUCUACCUUAGAUUAGUCGGUGGUUCUGUUGAGAUAUACAAAUAUCUAGAGACGUUAUACAAUGAUUUUCGACGUCUAAAGUUUCAAGAUAAAAUGGGAAACUUCAGCUUAAUUUAUAUGGAUGAUUUUAUUGAUCAGUUGCUCACAGAGGAGCGUGUUUGCGAUGUUAUUCUUCCCCGUCUACAAAAGCGAGAAGUGCUUGAAGAACUAAACAGUUUGGAACCUCGACAGUCACUUUUAAAUGAGGAUUUAGAAGAUUUGCAGUACAUGGAAGAAUUUGAUACAUUAAACCAUACCGACGAAAAUCAUAAAUCUAAAGAUAAAGACAAACAUAAACGACGAGAACACGGGAAAGACAAAGAUCAUCAUCAUCGACGAAGAUAUCGUGAAGAAUCUCCCCAUGCUGAUCGUCGAGAAAGAGAACGAGAUCAUGUAUCGUCACGGUAUAAGGACCGUGAAGACUAUGACCGAAAAUAUGAUCGAGAAAAAGCUCGUAGACGAAGCCAUUCUGGAGAGCGUCGAGGUGGUCGUUCUAAACGUGAUGAUGACCGUUCACCAGAUCAUAAACGGUCUCGAGAUAAGGAUCGUGAGAGACGAUAUUGAAGCCUUGAAAUUGAUACCUUGUACAUAUUUUGAUAAACACUUUUUGUCUAUACCAUUGAUUUUUCUAUAGAUGAAGGAAAUAGAGCUACUCUGUUGAGUACUCACGGGGUGGCGGGGGAGGGGAAUGCAACUUUGCACGUAUCUCUAUGUUUGAGCAUAGUUUUUGCUUACAUUUAUUAACAAAACCAGCCUACAGGGUUUAGAAAAUUCUUCAAAAAUUUCGUGUUUAUAUGAUUUGGAACUCCUUUUUUUAUAACUGAGUCAUGUACAUAUGCUUGAUAGAUAAUUUGUAUAUUCAAGCACUUGUAUCAGCGUGUUGACCGCUUCAUCUGGUUGGUGAUUUUCUUACAUUCGGUGAUUUACUUAUUGUCAGAAUUUUAUUAUGAAUAUAGGCAUUCAGAGAAAUACACCACCAUUCUUAGUGUUG